AUGAACGGCUGGCUAGUCUUCAUCAUAAUUCUGCUCUUGCUCCUCUCAAUCUCCUACUUCGGGUGGUACUUCUACGCCCGGUGGAACGCAUCCCGCAAUGGCCUACCACCGCCUUCGAUGAAUCCUAUGGUGGCCUUCAGUCGCUCCUCAGCCUCUGGCACUGCAAACUCCAACUACCCCGGUCCCGCACCCACUGGCAUCAAAGGCUGGUUCGAUACCCAAGUGCGCAAAUUCAAGAACAGGAACAACCGGUACACAACGGGUAGUGGCUACGAAGACGCAGGCUACAGUGCUGGACGAGGCGUCGGCGGAGGCCGCGGCGCAGGAAGCCGACUCGAUCCCGACGAAGCCUGGAGUUCGCGCGUAGGCGAUGAAGCAUACUACGAGGAGCAGGAACUCGGUCUGCAUGAACCCGCAUCUACCCAGGGUCAAACCGCCAAUCCCUAUGCCAACCCCACCUCCUACAACAAUACCGCCGAACCUAGUCGCGGACGUAGUCGCACGCGCGACUCCUACGAUGAGCAUCUCGAUGCGCAGAGUGCGAGGAAUCCCUUCGGCGAUGACAAUGCGGCGAGUCUGAGGGGCGCAUGUCGCGGCAACCCAACAUGCGAGCCGGAGGGGUACGACAAGGUCCGUAUGGCCCAAAUCACCCUCCGCCGCCUCCCCUCGCGCUACCGCCCGAAGCUUACGAGAGCCAGCGGAUGGAACAUCGAAGCCGUCCAAACCGGGCGGUACGACAUCGAAGUUACGCACGAGCUGAGGCAGAGCACCUUCGUGGAAGAGCGCAAGAGCCACCGGUAUCGGGAGCGAUCCCCACGGCGCCACGAGCCGGUGGACAAACAGCCUCGACGGGAUGACCGCAGACGUGAGCCGGAUGAGGGUGUGAGAUGCUUUGCUUGCAACGAGCCAGGCCAUAGAGCCGCUGACUGUAGGAUCGCCCAAAACUUCGGCAGGAAGGGUUGCUUCAGGUGUGGAGACACAGGGCACAUCGCCCGUGCUUGCAAGGUGCGUGUUGGCCAGACCAAGACUGACGCCGACCUUGCUGCAGAUAAGUUGAACGGCGACUCCAACAGCUACUACAACAACGACCGUGGCGGCAGCGAGAGGUGGUGUCCAUCGCAGGAAGCUACUACCGACGGCUAUGUCGUUGGCUACACCCAUGCAGGAUACUACGUGGAGGACAAGGUGGACUGGGACGAUGAUGCUCUCGAGACAGGUGAUGCUGCUCCCGCUGCUGAGAACGUUGCGGUCAAAUCGACGCAGCGUGACUCUAACUGGCAUCCCGAUAGACUGAAGAUGGUCCGCGAACCUUAUCUAGGCCUUCCCCAUCUUGAGAACGCGAAGGUCGAUGAUAUACCACCGACAGUGCAAGACCUACGCGGCUACGACUAUCGUAUCCAAGUCAUGUACCAAAGCAAACCCAGGAACCAGCGAUUCAUCAACGGAGGUAAUGGCAAGAUCGCACCAGCAAGGUACGGAUCCGAGCAGCGACACGAUCUUGGACUCUGCUUCGCUACCUUCCUCACGCGUAAACGUUGUGAGAUGGGAGUCGAUUGUCCCUGGCGUCAUCAUCCACUGUCCAAUGCUGAAAAGGCCUGGAUCAUCGAGUAUGGCAAGAAGAAGGGCAAGGAGUUCAUUGACAACGUCGAUAGGUGGUGGUCUUUUCCUGAGGUACCGGUUCCAGGUGCUACUAUGCAUGGGCUGGGCGAUAAGGAUACCUAG